AUGGACUCGAAGUUGUAUCUUGCUGAGAAUGUGCUCAAUGAGCGGCGCCCUGUAACAUAUCGCUUAUUGAGCCGCGCGCUCAAAGUGAACGCCAACCGAGCCAAACACCUCCUCUUUGAAUUCCACCGCAACGAAAACGCGAAGAAGCCACAGACCGUCCACGCAACAUACGUCAUCUCCGGUAUUCAGAAAGCGCCCGAGCCGGCCCCUACAAACAGCCAUGCGGACGACGAAGAUGAUAUUAUGGACAGCAGCCCAUACUUAUCUAGCUCAAUGCCGAAUCAAGAUUUAGCCUCGGACUCAAUCCGCACUACCUCCAUCGUGUUAGCACGCGAGGAAGAUUUGGAAGAUGCGAAGUCAACAUUUCAGUCGAUAUCUACAAUUCAUGUCUACAGUCUUGAACCUACAGCUUUGCCGGAUUUGAAUGUGUUGGUUGAUUCCAAUCGGGAGAUUGCGAGAACACAUGGACAGGAAGAUCCUUUGGAGUGUGGGAAGCAAUGGGGUAUGAUCCAAAAUCGGAAUGUCAAGCGGAGAACUGGCGCACGUCCACCGCCACCUGCAGCUGCUCCAGCUGUGAAGGCACCGGCUGCCAAGCCGUCGAAGCCUACGAUUGAGUCAACUGUGCCUGCUAAACGGCCGCUACAAAGGGAAGCAUCCUCGAAGGAGGAAGCUACCAAGUCCGAUGAACCGAAGUCUGAGCUAUCCUCCGCUGCCAAUUCUCAGGCAUCCUCGAAGCCUUCGGGCAAAGCAGCGCCAGUCAAACAAAAAGGCAGUGGCAAUCUUUUUAGCUCUUUCGCUAAGGCGAAGCCAAAGGCAAAGGUGUCAGCUCCUGCGGAACCGGCCGCACCAAGUGCAGAAGAUGUUGUGCUUGAUGAUGCAUCCGAAGAAGAGGCAGAAGAAUUGUUCCCUGAUAGUACCGAUAAAGCAGCUACAGCAACCCGUGAAAACAGGAAAGAGCGCGAGGAAAGGCUCAAGAAGAUGAUGGAUGAUGAUGAUGACGACGAGGCUGACGAUGAAGAAAUGCCCGAUGCCGACGAGGAGCCACGGGAGCCCACACCUGUUGAGCAACUGCCACCAUCCAAACCAGCCGAACUUAAAGAAGAAGUGACCGUGCAGGGUGGCCGGCGGCGAGGCAAACGGCAAGUCAUGAUGAAGAAGACGGUCAAGGACGAAGAAGGAUACUUAGUUACCCGGGAAGAGGCGACAUGGGAGUCUUUCUCCGAGGAUGAGCCAGUGCCCAAGAAGAAGCCUGCGGUUAAUGUUUCCAAGGGAAAGGCUGGCAAAGCUGCAGGGCAGGUUUCUCUGCUGGGCCUCCAGGUCGGCGCCCUCCCGGAGAGAGAUAACCCAGCCAUCUUGCGACGGGCCUGUCCAGACUACACCUCCUAUGCAUCGACACCGCACGCUCCUUACAGUGGUGGUCCCUUGAACCUUCCCUUUCAGCGACCUGCGGAAGCAUGUCGGACAUUUUCAUCCCCCGCCGUGGAAAAGGUCAUUAACGAUAUGACCUCGCGGCUUGUCGAUAAAGAUCUGGCUCAGCUAUUCCGAAAUGCAUUUCCGAAUACCCUAGAUACUACAAUUCGGUGGCAUACGAAUGGAUCAACGUCAUCCGGCACCAACGUCAAGCGGGACGGCGCGCAAUGGAGUGGAGUGCAGACCUUCAUCGUGACAGGCGAUAUCAACGCCGAGUGGCUGCGUGACUCAACAAACCAGCUCACAAACUACCAGACACUGGCUGCUAAAGACAAGCGUCUGUACUCGCUCAUCCUAGGUGCUAUCAACACCCAGUCCGAGUUCGUCAUUCAGUCGCCCUAUUGCAAUGCUUUCCAGCCACCGGCUCUCAGCGGUAUCAAGCCGGAGGCCAGCAGCCAAAAAGAUACUGUGCAUCCUGCCUAUGACGAGUCUUUUGUAUUUGAGUGCAAGUAUGAACUUGACUCUCUGGCUCAUUUCCUACAGCUAGGAACCGAGUUCCAUGAGAAUACUGGUUCAACUGAGUUCUUGACAGAUCGAUGGUACAAAGCGCUGAACACUGUGCUGAAGGUCGUCGAUGCACAAUCUCAGCCCACAUUCAAUGCGCAGGGCCAGUUCAUCAAAAACCAGUACACGUUCGAGCGACAAACUACCAUUGGCACUGAGACCCUCAGCCUAGCUGGUGUAGGCAACCCGCUAAAUGGCGAGACCGGCCUGAUUCGCAGCGCAUUCCGACCUAGCGAUGAUGCUACGAUUCUAGGUUUCUUCAUUCCACCUAACGCUAUGAUGUCAGUACAGCUUCAAAAGACGGCGAAAGUCAUCAAGGCAGCUGGUGGGCCUGCAGAUCUCGUUGCAGACCUGCAGGAACGAGGCACAAAGCUAGCCAAGGCAGUUCGCGAUCACGGCAUUGUCCAACAUCCCAAGUAUGGAGAUGUGUACGCAUUCGAAGUUGACGGAUACGGGUCACGUAUUCUCAUGGACGAUGCCAACAUCCCCUCACUGCUCUCAUUGCCUUAUCUCGGCUUCGUGGACAAAUCAGACACCGUCUACCAGAAUACACGCAAAAUGAUCACCGACAAGGCCUCGAACCCGUACUACCUUGUAGGUCCGCAGUUCCACGGCAUCGGUGGUCCACAUAUUGGUCUUGAGAACGCCUGGCCAAUGUCUCUACUUGUCCAGGCUAUGACCUCUGACGAUGACGCUGAGAUUAUUGGAAAUCUCAACCUCGUGCGUAACUCUAGCCUGCUUGGGCUUGUUCACGAAUCUAUCAAUGUUACCAAUAUCAAGGACUAUACCCGUCCUUGGUUUUCGUGGGCGAACUCGGUCUUCGCGCAGACUGUCCUUAAGAUUGCUGCUGAGAGGCCUCAUUUGAUCUUCGGUGCCAAUGCAAAGCCUUAUACUAUCCAAUAG